AUGGCAUCGAUGGCAGGUCAACUGUACGUCAUACAACGAUCAACAUUUCCCGCCCAAACCAACAUCAGAUGCUUAUUUUCAGCCGUCUUCUCUGAAGAAUCCUCAGCACUGGAGCACGCACAGCGCAUGCACGAAGCUUGUACCAACUUCGGAGGAGAGUCAGAUAAUAGAGAGAGUCCGUACGCAUACACCAUAGACUUGGGCACAAGCACACACAGAAUCUGCGUCCACCCUAUCCGGCUGCCAGAUACGUUUCCAGAACAGGAAGAGUUGGGCUGGAUUGUCGCCACGCUGUCAUGGCCCACGCACGCGCGCUCGUUGACAUGUCCGAUGCAGUGGGAUAUCCGCUCGCGAUUCACACUCGAGGAUGCGUGUGAGACCGCUGCGGUGCUGGCCUACAACUGCACAAACCAGUCGGCUAACGCGUCGUCUCUUCUUGUGGUUUGUCACGAUGCAGACGGGAUGCCGCAUUGGACCGGGCAGAGGGAGGGAACAAAGUUCAGAAUCGAUGUGUUUGACAGGAGUUUCGAUUUCGGGCCGCAGAUGGACGAGAUGACUAUGGGUAUGGAUGCCAUGGCGCUCUGCGAUCGGUCGUCGUUCUGGUGGCUGUCGUGA